AUGGGAAAUAAAAGGAAAUAUAAUUCUGAAGAAGAAAUACGGCGUAAAAUACAAAAAUUGGAGAAGAAGCUACAAAAGACUCGUGAACAUGACCAAAUAUCGGACGAAGAACCCAACCUCGACGCCAUCGUCGAGGAAGAUGUCGGCAGUGCUGUAAUAAGCUUACAGGAUGAAAACCAUCCUGAAUCACUGUGGCCUGAGUCACCGUGCCCAGUAUCACCGGCACGACUUGACUCCCCGGAGCGUGCCGCACCGGGCCUAAUAUCACCCUCCAAAUCUAUACCUGGACCCUCUUCGCCAAAAGAGACGCAAGAAGUCGUGCCAUCCGAGUCUGUAAGCCCUACCGAAGUGGUUUUAGACGAUGAUAUUUUGCAACUGUUGGGUGACGCUCCGAAGGCGGAAGCCACUCUCGGUCCGGCUAUCCACAAAGACGUCGCCAACAGGUGGCAAGAAAUCCUAGCAAAGGGUCUUCAAAAAGAUGUUAAGGACCAAAUUAUGCAGCAAUAUUCGGUACCAAAUAAUUGCGAUUUAUUAGUGGCACCUACGUUAAAUCCUGAGGUUAAGGCCGCUAUUCGAGAUGUUAUGGUGAAACGAGAUUCGGCACUAAUGUACCAACAAAAACAGCUUGCAGUAGCUAUUUCUGCUUUAGGCACAGCUGUAGACUCAAUUCUUUCGAAUGAAACAUCCAAACAAAAGAUUUUAAAGCCAAUAAGUGAUGCGUGCCGCAUUUUAUGUGACAUACAUUUCCACGAGACUAAGACUCGUAGGCAUUUCGUUAUUACUUCUAUUAAUACUGAACUGAAGGAUUCAUUGGUUAACACCGUUAGAAACAAUCAACUUUUUGGUGACAAUAUUACGGAAAAAAUUAAAACUGCAAAAUCCAUCCAAAAAUCUGGAGAGGCAUUGAAAACCGUACCAAAACCUACAUAUAAAAAUCCAGCUAACAAACCAAGUACAAGUAAGACUAAUAAUUUAAACUACAAACCGCAGCAACGGAAGGCCGACAACGACAACCGCCGCUGCUGCGAGAGGUCGACCGGCCUACCGCACGACGCGCCCGGGCCCCAGCGACUCGUACCGGCCUCCGCACCGCUCGCCGCCUCAUCAGCCGCCGCCGCCGUCGUCGAGGAGGACUCAUCACACCUAGAUCACGAGGUACUGCUGCAUCACAGUCUUCACAAGACGUUACGCUUAGCUGCCGCGAAGUUGUCAGGCAAGCUCUACUAA